GAGGCGUCAAAGCGGCGCGGACCCCCACGUAAGAUGGCCGCGUUGGCAGCGCGAGAACGCGGUCCGGUCUGAUCAAGGGGUCCCCCGUGGGGAGGAAGGCGGAGCAGGGAGCCCGACUCUCCUCGCGUCUCCUCGAGUCCCCCCGCGUCUCCUCGAGUCUCCCCGCGUCUCCUCGAGUCCCCCCGCGUCUCCUCCCUCUCCGAGGCGGCCCUGCGAAGGAGGCGGCAGGGACCCCCAGGACUUGAACCCCGGACCCCUGCAUCCCUGCAAUCCCUGAGCCUCGUCUCGCCAUGGGCCCCUCUCUCAUGCAGCUGCUGCUGCUACUUCUGCUCCGCCCGUGCGCCGGUGACCCUGGCGAACUGGGGGAGCACUACAAGCGGGAACACAGCCUUGUCAAGCCCUACCAGGGUGCUGGCUCGGGCAGCAUGGCCCUGUGGGACAUGGCCGGGAGCACGAUGGUGACCAGCCAGUACGUGCGGCUCACGCCCGACCAGCAGAGCAAGCAGGGCGCGCUGUGGAACCGCGUGCCGUGCUACCUGCUGGACUGGGAGCUGCACGUGCAGUUCAAGGUGCACGGGCACGGCAAGAAGAACCUGCAUGGGGACGGCCUAGCGCUGUGGUACACGAUGGACCGCAUGCAGCUGGGAUCCGUGUUUGGAAACAAAGAGAACUUCCGAGGGCUGGGGAUUUUCUUGGACACGUACUAUAACGAGGGGAAGAAGCACGAACGUGUGUUCCCCUACAUCUCGGUGAUGGUGAAUAACGGCUCCUUGCGCUACGAGCACGAGAAGGACGGCAGCAGCACGGAGGUGGCGGGGUGCGCUGCCGCGCUGCGCAAUGUCAACCACGACACCUUCCUCUCCGUGCGCUACUCUGCCCAGCGACUCACGAUUAAGGUCGACGUGGACGAUAAGGGCGAGUGGCGCGACUGUGUGGACGUGCCAGGCGUCCGCCUCCCCACCGGCUAUUACUUCGGCGCCUCCUCCGCCACCGGAGACCUCUCAGAUAACCACGACAUCGUGUCGAUGAAGGUGUACGAGUUGAGUGUGGAGCACACCCUCGAGGAGAUGCAGUUCGACUGGAGCUCCGUGGAGCCGAGUGCCGAGUUCCCGCACCACGCCCGUCUCUCCGACGAGCCCAGCUACCGGAACGAGCCGCUGAGCGGCAUCAAGGUGUUCCUCCUUGUCUUCUUCGGACUCAUCGGCAUCGUCAUCUGUGCCGUCGUCGCUGUCAUCGUCCUGCAGAAGCGGCAGGAGCAGAGCCGCAAGCGCUUCUACUGACCCCGGGGGUCGGGGGUCAGCGUGGGGUCGGCGGGGGGAGGGCAGCUCGGUGACUUCAUCACCACGCUUGGCAGCGAUACUGCCGACUGCCCCAGACCGCCGGGCAGGGCUCCAAGAUCUGGUGUGGGCUUCUGGUUUCUGGAUUCCGAUUUAUUUGGAUUGGGGAUCUGGAUUCCGGGUCUGGUUUUAGAGGUCUGAUUGAGGAUCUGGAUUUAGGAUCUAGAUUAGAGAUCUGGUGUGAGUAAUUGCAUUGAAUUGGGGACCUGGAUAUGGGAUCUGGCUUCCAAGAUAUGGUUUGGGGAACUGCAUUGAUUUGAUUUGUGGAUCUGGAUUAGAGAUUUGGUUUGGUGAUCUGGAUUGGGGAUCUGGAUCGGGGUUCUGGUUUAGGGAUAUGGCUUGGGGGUGGGGGGGGGAUAGAGCGUAGUGGUCCAUGACUUUGGCUGCGUCUGAUUGGCCGAGUGUUCGAUUGAGUGGAGGGAGGGGGCGAUGGUUGAGUGGGGGAGUGUUGUGAGGGGCUGUGAGGUGGGUUGUUGUGGGAGGUUAGGCCUAAGCUGUUGGGGCAGUUUAACUGAUUUAUUUUCACUUCUUUAAAAGUUUCCACAGAGCAAAAAUAUUGUCGAAUGAGCGGUGAGGAGGGUUAGGAAGCCACGAUGGUCGGGGUGAGGCGCUUGAAGUGGACGUGAAGCGAGUCUGACUGCGUCUGCGUGUUAAUCAUUGGGCCCCCCUCUUGUUUUGUCGUUGUAACGUGGAGUGGUGGCAUAGUGCGCUGUGCACCCACCGUGCCGUCCUCUUCCAGAUCCCGCAGCUGCUGCAUGGCAAACUGCGACCUCCAAGUUCUGACCAGACCAUGUCCACCACUCUCUGCUCUUAAGACUCUCAGAGACAGACCCAUAGACUGGCAUAGUGACCCAGAGAUUCACAUCGAGGCCUAUACACGCACACAAACCCAUAGGUCUGCCAGAACAGCAUCCCACCACCGAGCCUGAGGUCUCCUCGUCCCCCGUGCUCGCCGGGCUCGUGGAGACCACUCCCAUGCCUGUCUCGGUGGCCGCCUGUCCACGCAUCCCGCCCAGAGCUGCCGUUUUUGCAGAGUUCACAUCUACAACACGGACGCCGUCCAUUUUCAGACCUGUAAAAUGAUGGGAAACCCCAUCACAACAGAACAAUUGAUGCAGCCGGAAACAGAUUUAAUGGCACAUGGAGGUGCGCUGCUUUGCGUGUCCAGACACCGUCGACUUUGUUCAGACCACGGCACGGCCACGUUCUCUCAACUCUGCGGGCUGCCGCUUCCAAAACGACAAUGGCCACACAAGUUCAGCUCUUCUGAGCCAGUGGUCUGGAUAUGUCCGAAAGCUUCACACACGCGAUGCUGCAUCACCUUCAUGACUUGUCAAAUCCGCUCGCACCGUUUCCAACGACAAACCGAACGGUGAAUCCCAUGCGAGGUCAAAGUUGACGGUGGUGGGGAGGUGUCUUGCUGGCGAUCGCGGGCGCCACCUCAACGCGGCAGCUCGUGCCGUCCGCAUCGCCCCGUGCCCCCUCCUCACGAGCCGCCCGUUUAAUUUCGCAGCCGGGGGAUUCCUAUCUCACCGAAUAUUUCCUGGCUCGCCGCGUGACUGGGGUAGGUGGCACGGGACUCGUAGCCGCGGGCAGCGCCGCCCGCAGGGGGGCAGCAGAGGGGGCCGUUCCACCCUGGACGUCGCACAAGGGGGCUCCACGACGGAGCACCCUGCCCCGGAGAUUCCUGGAACCCUUGGGUGGCCGCAGUCACAGCUGUGGGGCGGGGAGCCAACCCCUCUGUCAGGUGGAACCGUCCCCGAGUCGCACGCGCGGAAGGACGCGCUGCUGCUGCUGUCGUCGCCAUCGCUGCCAUCGCUGCCACUGCUGUGAAUAUUUGCAAAUGCACUGAUCUCCCCCCACCCCACCCUCACGGAUGUGAACUUUGCGAAUCGGCUGCGGCCCCCUGUGGGGAGCGCAAUGUGCCUUAACUCCGCGUUGUCGCAAAAAUUCCACGACGCCGCGACGCGCUCCCUGCACCGCCACCGCUACUCUCUCCUCACGCUCGGGCUCGCUGGCGCGGGGCCGGUGCGACCUGGGUCGUCGUGACCUGCGAUUGGGGCUUCGGGCCCCGGCCGAGGAAGGGGGGCGUCCGAGGGUCGUGUGGCCUCACCCCGAGGGCCGCUGCGAGCGAGGGUCCUAGGCCAACGAGAGCGGCGGUUUUGAAAUGCAACAAAAAAAUCAAAACGCAGCGGUCACAUUCUAUUUUUGGUAUAAAUCUGAUAUACGGGCAAGUGGGUGGGUAGCCUGGAAAUCUUGAGAGCAGGGUAGGUGGGUGGGUAGCCUAGUCGUGUGGGUGAGUAGGGUAGGUGGGUGGGUAGGGUAGGGGGUGGGUGAGUGGGGUGGGGGGGUAGCCUAGUUGUGUGGUUGAGUCGGAGAGGUGGGUAAGGUAGGUCGGUGGAUGGUAGGUGGGAGGGGUAGCUUGGCUCAUGUGGGUAGAGAAGUGAUAAGGUGGGUGUAAGUAAGUGAUUUGAUUUUAAUGGAUAAUCUUUUUCAUAAUGACAAUAAUUGCGCUUGUGGAGUCUGAUCACGUUCGUUGUACAUGCAUCGAUUCGCAUGCCCUCGCACGCACGCCCCGAUGCACGAAUCACAAUUGCAAUAAUCGAUGUCAAUCAAAUAUGCAUUCUAUUUAUACCUGGUAGGUAGGUAGAGGAGUGGGUAGGUGGGUGGACAGGUCCGUAUAUGGUUGGGUAGGUACGUGGGUGCACCGGUGGACGUGACCCAUCUCUGGGUGGCGUUUGAGAUCUGUUUACACAGCUCUGGUUUUUCUCAAAGUUCAAUAAACGUACCCCGUGCCAUA